GCGAUAAACAACAUGGAUAUCAACCAACAACAUUACCAGAUAAAAACAAUGGACGAUAUGCUUAUUUAACUAUAUUUCCAACCAAAUCUGUUGUUAGUUGUCUUGCACCUCAUGAAAUUGCUCGACGUCAACAUGGAGCAUACACUUUAGAUGCUCUGAUGAUGAUGAAUAAAUAUGAUUAUUCCGAUGGCUUUAGUUUAUCUGAACAAGAUGCUGAAGAACUAGCUACACGAUUACAAAUAGGCAAAUCAAUCAUUACUUUCAAUGCUGAUCGACUUCGUGGAAUCUGUUGUACUCUUCUUGCAUUACAUGAAUUGUUUCGACAAAUUGUUCUAUAUAAGAGAGAUGUUGCCUUGAAAGAACCUAUAUUCAAUUCAAAACAAAUAACUGUAGCAUUAGAAUUCUAUCUACAAAUAGAUGUGGAUCUCGUCUACAUGAAAACUUGUUCAUUUCGAGGAGCUAAACCUCAAUCGAAGAUGGAAGGUCUUUUCUGUGGAAGAGAUGAACUUCAAGCAAGAUAUGCAUUGACUCCAUGUGGCAAUCUAUUCUGCCUAUGUUGUUAUCCAUUAAAUAAUUACAAGAAAAGUCAUACAUGGCCAGUGGUUGAUUUUGUCUCAAGUUCCAUGCAUCAAUUUGUCAAUGGCUACACUACGUAUCUCGAUUGUCCAGCAGUAUGUUCUUAUCAAAUAUUGAAUGUUUAUUGA